UCCCGGCUACUGCAGCAGCGCCGGCUCCCUCCCGGUCCCCGCCUCGGCCCCGGGCUCCGAAGAGGCUCGGGGGCGCCCUUUCGGUCAGCGUCGUCGUCUGCCCCCUCCCUAUCCCCAACCCCUGGGGACCCAGCUCGCCAGCGCCCAGCGGGGAGCCGGUCGGGAAGCGCGAUGGGGGCCCCCGCCGCUCUGCCCCUGCUCCUGCUUUUCGCCUGCUGCUGGGCGCCCGCCGGGGCCAACCUCUCCCAGGACGGCUACUGGCAGGAGCAGGACUUGGAGCUGGGAACUCUGGCUCCACUCGACGAGGCCAUCAGCUCCACAGUCUGGAGUAGCCCUGAAAUGCUGGCCAGUCAAGACAGUCAGCCCUGGACAUCUGACGAAACAGUGGUGGCUGGUGGCACCGUGGUGCUCAAGUGCCAAGUGAAAGAUCAUGAGGACUCAUCCCUACAGUGGUCUAACCCUGCCCAGCAGACUCUCUACUUUGGGGAGAAGAGAGCCCUUCGAGAUAAUCGGAUUCAGCUGGUUAGCUCGACUCCCCAUGAGCUCAGCAUCAGCAUCAGCAACGUGGCCCUGGCAGACGAGGGCGAGUACACCUGCUCCAUCUUCACCAUGCCUGUGAGAACCGCCAAGUCCCUCGUCACUGUGCUCGGAAUCCCACAGAAGCCCAUAAUCACUGGUUACAAAUCGUCAUUACGGGAAAAGGAGACAACAACCCUAAACUGUCAGUCUUCUGGGAGCAAGCCUGCAGCCCAGCUCACCUGGAGGAAGGGUGACCAAGAACUCCAUGGGGAACCUACCCGAAUACAGGAAGAUCCCAAUGGUAAAACCUUCACUGUGAGCAGCUCAGUGACAUUCCAGGUCACCCGGGAGGAUGAUGGAGCAAACAUCGUGUGCUCUGUGAACCAUGAAUCUCUAAAGGGAGCUGACAGAUCCACCUCUCAACGCAUUGAAGUUUUAUACACACCAACCGUGAUGAUUAGGCCAGACCCUCCACAUCCCCGAGAGGGCCAGAAGCUGUUGCUACACUGUGAGGGCCAUGGCAAUCCAGUCCCCCAGCAGUACCUAUGGGAGAAGGAGGGCAGUGUGCCACCCCUGAAGAUGACCCAGGAGAGCGCCUUGAUCUUCCCCUUCCUCAACAAGAGUGACAGUGGCACCUACGGCUGCACAGCCACCAGCAACAUGGGCAGCCAAAAGGCCUACUACACUCUCAAUGUUAACGACCCCAGUCCAGUGCCCUCAUCCUCCAGCACCUAUCACGCCAUCAUUGGUGGGAUCGUGGCUUUCAUCGUCUUCCUGCUGCUCAUCCUGCUCAUCUUCCUUGGCCACUACUUGAUCCGGCACAAAGGAACCUACCUGACACACGAGGCUAAAGGCUCGGAUGACGCCCCAGACGCCGACACGGCCAUCAUCAAUGCAGAAGGCGGGCAGUCAGGCGGGGAGGACAAGAAGGAAUAUUUCAUCUAGGGGCGCCCGCCCACCUCCUGCUCAUCCCACAGGCCCCAUGGGGACUGCUGGGGCCGUCACCAACCUGGACUUGUACAGAGCGACCCCAGGGCUGCCCCUCCCGCUUGCUCCCCUGCCCACCCACCCCCCUGUACAGAAUGUCUGCUUUGGGUGCGGUUUUGUACUCGGUUUGGAAUGGGAGGGAAGGGGCGGGGGGGAGGGGAGGGCUGCCCUCAGCCCUUUCCGUGGCUUCUCUGCGUUUGGGUUAUUAUUAUUUUUGUAACAAUCCCAAAUCAAA